AUGGAAAAUCCCCGAGACUGCCCUUCGGAGAUCUACAAAAUUAUGCAAGAUUGCUGGCAGGAAGGACCUGACAACCGACCUAAAUUUCAUCAAAUCAGCCAGUCGAUUGGUACAAUUCUUGAGCAACGCGCUUCCCAGGUGAGGUCUUUUUUCUACUGUUUCUGAGGCAAAGGAGGAACUAAGAGAACGUAUCCUCUCUCUUGUCAGAACUUAUUGUACACUAGGUCCUUCAAAGGAAAAAAUGAAGUUUAUCAAGAGGGGAUACUCUCUUGAGUGUAUAUAUCCUUUGUUCUGAUGGGGCGAGCUGGAAUUAAGCUUUGCAAGAAGAAUAUGAAGAGAUGACUUCUACUGUGUGCUCUUUAAAAAUUUACCAUAUUUGCAAUGACAGUGGCGGAUUCAAAUCUCUAACUAAGUGGGGGACCCGCUCAUUUAGUCCAGUAGACUGCAGUUUGACCUAAAAAGAAGGUGGAGCCCCGGACCCCCGGGGCCCCUUGGCCCCCUCCGGAGAUCGGCCAUGGAAUGAUAUAACACGAUCUGCAUCCUUUUUUUUUUUUUUUUUGAGACUGACGCAAUGCAGACGCUAAAGCUAUACAGAUUAUAAAAAUUUACGAUUCUAUAAGAUCAGAGAAUUUUGACUGCCAAUUGAAAGAAAGAUCGUGAGGGAUGCGCAUCUUUUGCUGGUUAGGAGCCCAUAAUCCGGAGUGAGCAACUUCCCUGCGCUUGUGUCACGACGUUUUCACGGACCAGUUUAUUUUUAGAACGGUUUUGGCGCGAAUUUUGAAUAUCUUUUAAAUUUCACAAACUGGUCAGCAAAACCUACAGACCUAAAAAAAUGGUAUUUUCUGCCUUUUAAUAACGUUUCGUUUUCCGUUUUGAAAUCUUAUACUUCGAAUGCGCUCAUAGAUAUAGUGGAGAUUUUAUUUUCGCGGGAAGAAGUGCCCCUUAAAAUGUGUCUAAAAAUAAACUGAUCCGUAAAAACACCGUCACAUAGGCCUAGUAUGGGAGCUGCUCGCUCCGGAUUAUGGGCCCCUGGCUGGUAUGUUUAUUCUAAACUUCGAUAUUGGGCUUAUUUUUCACAACAGAGUGUCGCGACCGAGUACCUUCACUUAACAGAAGACAACAACCGUGGCAGAAAAGAUUACUACCUUGAGCCACAUGAUUCAGACCCCACUGUUCCUGUGACGAGAGCAGAUGUUUAUAACAGGUUAGUACUCUUUCGAUAGUAAGCAUUUGGCUUUUAUUCUUGAAAAGUUCAGCCACAAGCGAGUUGGGUUGUCCAUAUCCGGUAUUCCGUACCCAUAAAGGAGCCAACAAGUCCCAGGCUAAAGAACUUCCUAAUAUUAGUUCGACAAUAAAUACGUUAUGUUAUGUUAAUUCAAUAACUGAUAGGCAGGGCCAGUUCUGCUUAUAAAUUAGCUUGGCCACUGAGGGAGCGCUUAUUCGGGGAAGAAAUAGGUUUUUCAAAGGAGUACUGAGGAGACAGUAUAUCGUUAAUGAGACACGUGCAUGGUCAUGGCAAAGAACGAAGGGGACUCAGUUACAUUGUUACGUAAGAAAUAACAUUGCUUAACUCGUGGAAACAGAUAAACGUCUUGUUGUGCACGGGAAAUUUAAAAUUGAGCUGACCGAGUGGCUAAUAAGAAACUGUUCCCCUAUGUUGAUGCCGGCAUUAAAUCAAAGGUAAACAAGCGUUCAGAGAAUGAGAGAAAGAAAGAGAGGAGGUUCCCUUAUAACAUCACUUAAUAUAUUUAAGACAGUGUGCUGGAGGUGAUUGUUAUUAAAGGAGACUCUUUUUUUAGUUUGGCAGGCAAAUAUUUAGGGGAAGACGCUUAAUCAACGUGAACGCCUUUUAUUUUUGGCAUUUAAGGCGUAAUAGCGUAUAAAUCUCAGAGUGAGAAAAUCUGAGUACAAAUCAUGUUUCGAGUCCAUUGCGUUUGGCAUCAAGAUUUGAAAUAAUGAUAAUAAAAUAGAGCAUUGCAAUCUUGUCUCACAGAAUUAUCAGCUCGUCGUAAAAUGUUUCACGUUGCCUUCUAUAAUUGUACGCAUGAUCUAAAAUGUAUGGUCAAUUUUAUAGCAUCUACUAUGGUUGACAGCGUUGUUUUCUUCUUAUAGGCGAUCAAGUGAAAAUAUUGCAAACAAUCCCUUGCCUCCAUUACCAGAUGACAUGGAAGAUCAAUUCGAUCCGGAAUCAGAGGAGAGACAACAGAUGCUGGAACCAGAGAUUUACGGUGGUUUGUCGGGGAGUGAGGGCGACAUAAAACUAGAAGAAUUCCAUGGUAAUGAGCACGCUGUGGCCUUGGAACUGACGCCUAUUGCACACUCUAAAGAAAAGGCCGGAAAUUCAAAGAAGAAAACUACAAUCGUCUGA